AAGUGCGCGCCAAUCGCCGACUUCGCCGUCAGAGGCAGUAGUCAAGCCGAACGUAGUGCCGGAGUGAAGAUGAGCUACUCGAGGAGCGUGACCCUGCUGCUGCUCCUGGCAGUCCUCGCACGUGCUCAAGGUGCCACCCUACUCGAUGCUCCGCCAUGCCCCGAUCCUUACGGUAUUCAUGCUUACGCUCACCCUGAAGAUUGCGGAGCCUUCUUCUUGUGCACGAACGGCACGCUGACCUUCGAAUACUGCGAGAACGGACUUCUGUUUGACGGACACGGUGCCGUUCAUAAUCAUUGCAAUUACAAUUGGGCCGUCGAUUGCGGCAAUCGCAAGGCUGACUACACGCCGAUCAGCAGCCCGGGCUGCGAGUACCAGUUCGGUAUAUACCCGGAGAGCGACAGCUGCAGCACCACUUACAUCAAGUGCGUCCACGGUGAUCCGCUGCAGGCACACUGCGACCCCGGCCUGGUCUACAACGGCAAGACUCGCACGUGCGUCUGGCCGGACGAGCUCAUCCCCCUUUGCAACCCCGAGACUAUAGUGGGCUUCAAGUGCCCGCACAAGCUGCCCCCGCACAGCCCCGCCGCCAAGUUCUGGCCCCACCCGAGAUUCCCUGUGCCAAAUGACUGCGGUAGGUUGAUCACCUGUGUCGACGGACAUCCGCGACUUCUCACCUGCGGAGAAGGAAAACUGUUCGACUCGGUGAGCCUGACUUGUCUGGAUCCGCACGAAGUUCCUCACUGCUCAAAUGGUGUUUAAACGCGGAGGCACAUUUCCGACCAUCAGCCGGUACUUCAAAUCAACGAAUUUGGCAAAAAAAUAUAAUAAUAUAUUAUUUUGAGAUUUUUACAGAUAUAGCUAAAAAAAUGUUUACAAUUGUAAAAAGUUGCAUUAUCACAGGGCAAGAUUGAUUCUAGAAAUUGUUUCAGAAAGAAGAACUGAGAACAAUAUGUUAUUUGGAGAUUUUUACAGAUAUAGCUAAAAAAAUGUUUACAAUUGUAAAAAGUUGCAUUAUCACAGGACAAGAUUGAUUCUAGAAAUUGUUUCAGAAAGAAGAACUGAGGAGAAACAUCAGUUAUAAGAAUUAUGAGAAAAUUACGUGAACAUAUAUAAAAUUAUAAAAUGUUAAUAAUACAAAUAUUUUUACGCAGAGAGUAACUAGAAGGAAUUAAUUAAUAAGGACGGAAUAAAAAAGAUGAAUGUAUUCCUGUUAGAUUUGAUUUUGGUUUGUUGCCAAUAGACGAAGAUUUAUCAAACGUAAAUUAUUAUUAAUAGACGUUUAGAGGGGACCAAUUGUAUUGUACAGUGCGUGAAGAGCAAGUACGAUAUGUAGUACAUAUAGUGUAUUUAUACGUAAUACGAUAUGUAAUACAUAUAAUGUAUUUAUGAUAAAUAUAUAGUAACAAUGUACAGCCAGGCAACAUUGAAUAAAAUCUGGACAUGCGUAUAAAAAA